CAAGCGGCAUUAUACUAUUCUCCAGCUCUGUAGCUCUGCCUAAGAUUGGAAUUCCCAUUCGGCACUUCCGUUAUCAUGAGUUUAUUAUUGGAAUAGUUGGAAUGAAACGUCUGCAAAGGGUUGCUUGGCGGGUUUGUGUCAAUCACCGGCAGGCGAUCAGUAGUAGACAGAUGGGCGGCCAUACUAUGUGGGUUUGCAGCCGCUUGGUUUUGUAGCGGAGAAAAUGCAUUAUGAUCACCCAUUGGAAGCGGCACACCUACAAAGCGCUUAGGAGCAUAGGGGAUGAUAUUCACGGCCCUGUUUGCGCAGAAAAAGUAUAUGAGCGAAGUGUUUUUGGUUGUCGCCGUAAUGCCGUUGAUGGGCGGCAGAGUGAAGUUGUUGAUGGCCCAUCUGGUGCAGAUUGCGGUGAUCUUGGAAUGAACGAUUGGACAAUGGGUUCGCUUUUUCGUGUUGCACAAAUUGAGGCUUUUGAGAAAUUGCAUGAAAAAAAGAUGGCUGGUAUGGACUUCACUAUCCAUGUAGAUAAUGCUUCUAAGGCAGAUGAAAUUAGGGGAGCCAAUAAAAUGGAUUUCCCCAUAGUCACCCAG